GUAGUUUGAUGGCUCUUGCAGACAGCAGGCAGCGGUGAAGAAACGCAGGCCUGCAUUUCCUGCAACAGGGCGGCAAGAGUAAGGCAAUAAACGGGACCAACUAUUGCUCGAGUGUCUGAAACACUGGACGGGUUUACAGAGCCAUAAGGUAUGGAUCAAUCUAGUGAACCCCAGCCACUAUCUGAUGAUAAUAGUAACUUAAGUUUUGAAAUUACUGAUAUUGAAUGUGAUAGUCAGAACAAUGCCCAUCACCUUGAUUCAGAAGAAAUUUACCAAGCAAGAGAAGAGUUAGAAAAAUGGCAGAACAAAAUAGACAAACUGGAAAAGGAAAAGUCAGACCUAAUUUGUGAAAAGUUGGAUGCAGAUGCGAAGAAAAAGGAGGCUGGCAAUCUGCUUACCAAGUUGAAUAAUGAACAGGAAACUUACAAAAGCAACCUUCAGAAGGCAGAGCAGUCCUUCAAUGAGAAGCUCCAUGAUAAAAAGCAAAAUUAUGUCAAACUAAAAGAUCAACUAGUUCAACUUGAAAAUGACCUCCAACGUAAGCAAGAUCUCUGUGACUCUCUUUGCAAUAAGUUCAAGAUUAAGAUCAAGUUACCGGAGAAGAACAUUAAGUUUGUCAAGUCUGAACAAAGUGUGCCAGUAGAUCAAGAGGGGGAUGAGUUCCUGAAUAUAAAAGGCAUCUAUACCAUCCUUCCGAAAAUGCCAGUGCUCCUUCAGAAUGGACAGGCCUUGAUCACUUUUGAAGAAGAGCAAGUUGCUCAUAGGAUUCUAAAAAUAGCCAAACAUCAGAUAGACCUCCAGUCUGAGAAAAUACGAGUGGAAGCGCAUCCAAUCACACUGGAUACAACACAACAAUUUGAGAUACAUCUUGAUAUCUCCAGGAAGAAGGUCAGGGUUUCUGAUAUUCCGGAAAUUCUUCCAGAAGAACAGAUGAUGGAUAAGUUGGAAAUAAGCUUUUCAAAGCCAAGUCUAGGUGGCGGAGAGGUGGAGAAUAUUGAAUACUCUAUCUCUUCUGGAACUGCCAUGGUCACGUUUGCAGAGAAAGGGGUUGCUCAGCGUGUUGCAGAACAGCAGAAAUACCCACUUGUAAUAAAUGGGCAAAACUUUUGGCUGACUGUUGAAUCUGUAAUGACAAGUUACUUGCAGAAAUUUCAGAUAUUUAAUGGUAUUUGCAAGAGAACUCUGCUGCUAUCUGACAUUAAGAGCGCAAUGGAAGAAGAAGAAUUACAGGACAAGCUUAAGAUCCAUUUUCAGAAACCAAGCAGACAGGGUGGUGAAGUUGAGGAUAUAAAAUACAUCCCAAAAGAUAAACAUCUCUUGGUGUACUUCAAAGAGGACUCUGCUGAAAACUAGUAUUCCAGUUUUUAUCAGUUGCACUGGUCUUUUGAAAUACCUAUUAUGUCUCUUUUAUUGCAGCUUUUUUUUGCCAUUUAUAUAGCAAAACAUUUUCUUUGGGUCCUACUGUUAGCCUUGACGAGUUGUCUUUCUGUUUUGUUUUUUCUGAGAUGUAGUCAUGUUCUUUACAUAUAAUUGCUAUAAUAUAUUUAUCUUAUGUAAAUGCACAUGUGUGAGUGUGUUAUAUGUCAAUACAUUAAAAAAAAACACUCUGGAAUACUGUUUAACCUGUUUUACAUGUGGAUAAAUAAUUUAAUACUCAUGUUCUUUAACAUUAACCAAGCUAGUCAAUUUGCAGCAGAAAAUGAUUAAAAGGAGGUAUGUAAAACUUGUUUCUUAAACACAGGAGUGACAUAUUCUUACAUGUCUUUAUAUUGCUAUAUCAACCCUUGGCCAAUAAAUAUAGCAUAUUUUAAUUUGGUUUAAUUCAGCAUUAGUUGUGGUUAAAUUUUUGAACUAUAUUGCUGAUUUUCUUCUGAUUUUCAGAUUGUAAGUUCUACACAAACUUUAGUUAACAAAAAAGUUGAAGCUGCCUAACCUCCUGUACAUCAAACAAACUCAGGUUCUGUCUCUGCAUAUAGUUAAAAUUAUCCUCUUUGAUUGUAGGCAGUAAAACAUUCAAUUUAUAAAAAUAUCAGUUAUUAUGUGCACUCAGAAUGAUUGCUGUAAAAGAAAAUCAUAAUGCUUUACAGCGCCAGUGACCUGGGUUCAAUUCCAGUCACUGUCUGUAAGGAGUUUGUAUGUUCUCCCCAUGUCUGCGUGGGUUUCCUCCGGGUGCUCCGGUUUCCUCCCACAUUCCAAAAGGCAUACAGGUUAGAAAGUUGUGGGCAUGCUAUGUUGGUGCCAGAAGAGUGGCUACACUUGUGGGCUGCCCCCAGAACACUAUGCAAAAGAUGCAUUUCAACUGUGUGUUUUGAUGUACAUGUGACUAAUUGUUACGAGGCAAGUUACUACUUGGUGAGUGUCUCUUUAAGGCACCUGAACGGUUGUGUGUGUGGUUUUGUCUGAUUGCUGGGAGUGGGAGCGAAAAGCUUCUAUAACUGGACUGAUACAAGUGUCUGAAAGCGGAUUCACUGAAGCACUGGUAACUGCGGACACGGACAGGAGAGAGAGAGAGAGAGAGACGUGAGAGUUGGUAGCACUGACUGCCAGCCUCUGUAUUUGCGGGUGAAGCACAAUCAUUGUGACUGUCACUUUACAAUCCAUCCAUGGAUUUCUGGAGCAAUCUGUGGAGUCCACUUUGUCAUUAACCUGUACCAGGAAUCAGGUAUAUCUGUGGACGACCACGUACGGAGUGCCCUCGGUGUGGCAGAUACUUUGGAACAAAGUAACGAAGAUCUUUGGCGGUUGGGGUGUCAUAUUGGUUCCAUCGUGGAACUUGUGGAAUUCGUAAACACAUUCUCUCUACAUUCUACUCUACAUUCUAACAUGGGUUUCAGAAGCUUUUGCUCAUCAUCUUGCUUCGUGACUGACGAAAUUGAACUUUGCGAACUGUUCCUAGACUUGGGGUUUGGGAAUUAGCCACACACACGCUUUGGUUUAUUUUGAUCAAUGUCUGAUAUCUAACGUUUUUAUUUUUCUUAUAAAAAAUCAUUAAUAAAUAGAU